UUUUGCAAGAUGGCUGCGGUAGGGAUACGAAGGUCCUUGCCGCUUUUUCGACAUUGUAGAGGUAUUUGGCAAGCCAACAGGUCCUUGAGUUUGUGUUGUUGCCGGCUUUCUCCCGGUAUUGAAGUUGUUUCGAGGAAGAAGAUGAAUAGUUCUCGUGAAGUAAACAAGCACGAUUUAAACGUAAUCCCAAGGAGAACGUUAAUAGGAUCCAUUAUUCCGAAUCCCCUCAAUACGUCGCGGAGGAGAAAGUAUUCCGAGAGGAGAUUGCUUGGUUACUCAAUGGAGGAUAUGUAUGCAGUGGUAUCAGAUGUGGAGGAUUAUAGACAUUUUGUCCCUUGGUGUAGGGACUCUACAAUUGUGGCCAGAAAACCAGGCUUCCUUAAAGCUAAACUAGCUGUUGGUUUCCCACCUGUGGUUGAGAAGUAUACAUCUGUUGUAUCUUUGGCCCCACCAAACCUAGUGAAGGCAGAGUGUACGGAUGGAGAGAUGUUUAAUUAUAUGAAGACUAUUUGGAAAUUUAGUCAAGGUUUACCCGGAAAUCCUAAUACUUGUACAUUGGACUUUUAUGUUGAGUUUGAGUUUCGUUCAAUCCUUCAUUCUCAGCUUUCAACCAUGUUCUUUGACGAAGUUGUUAAAAAAAUGGUGAAGGCAUUUGAAAAGCGAUGUUACUAUCUCUAUGGACCAGGCCACUUGCAUAAUAACAAAUCUAGACCAGUACCAGCAGGUGCAAGAUAACACAAGGCAUAUGGGUCAAUUGCUAUAUGUGCACUAAGAUAGUCAUGUAUGUCUUGUAUGGUAUCAACAAAUAUUAUUAUUUACAAAUACUAUUUUCACUUUGGGAUAUAAAGCAAACAUAUUAUUAAUUUUUUGGAUUUCUAGGACCACAGGAUCUUAUAGAGUAAAUUUUGCUGACAAUACAAUAUUAAGUUGAUGCAAUUUUAUUAUGUGAAAUAUUGAUUUAAGAAUUUCGUCUUUUCUAUCAGUGCUUAUCAACCUGUUGUGUCAUUUUAACUGCCAUUUUACUCUCAGGCCAAGCUGCAGUUUAGGAUUUUACUAGUAAUUUAGAAUCACCAUAGCAACUGUUAGUUAUCAAUAAGUGACAGUCUUUUUGGGGUUUGCUUUGUUUUAAAUCUGAAAGCUCUUUGUUCAAGACUCUCAAGAAUCUAGACAUGACCCCAAUGGGCUAAGUUGAAAAAAUAGAAAAUAUACAUGUCUGAACUGAUCAUCACCAUCUUCCUGAUUUUUCUAGCACAUCAUCAAACAUUUUAAUCUGCAAACCUGCUUUUUCUAUGGCAUCAUGCAACAUUUCUAUGUGAGUGAAUGUGCAUAGGUUAACAGCUGAACACUGCUGUUGUUGUUGUUUGUAAGGUGAAAAAAGUGGAAAAAAAUUAUUUUAUGAAUAUUUUCUUUGCUUACUCCCGUGGCUGAUAAUUAGUGAAAUAUAAAGGUAUUUGAAGGAGCUGUUUUACAUUCUGAAAAGAAAAUGUAAUUUAUUUUGUUGAGUUGUGAGUGAUAAAGACAUAUAUGCAUGAUAAGGUCUCCUGUUUCUAGU